GCGGGUGAGAGGAGGGAAGUUGUCGAAGUUAGGGGAGACGCCCGCUUGCCCGCCCCGGCCUUGCCUCUGGCCGCUCCCUCCGCCUUCUCCCCGCCCUAGCCCCCGUCCGCCAGUCCUUCCUUCCCCUCCCGUGCAUGAUGGAAACACCAUGGCUGCGGCGGCCCAGCUCUCCCUGACACAGUUAUCAAGUGGGAAUCCUGUAUAUGAAAAAUACUAUAGACAGGUUGAUACUGGCAAUACUGGAAGGGUAUUGGCUUCUGAUGCUGCUGUUUUCCUGAAAAAAUCAGGGCUUCCAGACUUGAUACUUGGAAAGAUUUGGGAUUUAGCUGACACAGAUGGCAAAGGUAUUCUAAACAAACAGGAAUUCUUUGUUGCCUUGCGUCUUGUGGCAUGUGCCCAGAAUGGAUUGGAGGUUUCACUGAGUAGCUUGAACUUGGCUGUUCCUCCUCCAAGAUUUCACGAUACCGGUAGUCCCUUGCUAAUCAGUGGAACCUCUGCAACUGAGCUCCCAUGGGCUGUAAAAUCUGAAGAUAAGGCCAAAUAUGAUGCAAUUUUUGAUAGUUUAAGCCCAGUAAAUGGAUUUCUGUCUGGUGAUAAAGUGAAACCAGUGUUGCUCAACUCUAAGUUACCUGUGGAUAUCCUUGGAAGAGUUUGGGAGUUGAGUGACAUUGACCAUGAUGGAAUGCUUGACAGAGAUGAGUUUGCAGUGGCCAUGUUUUUGGUAUACUGCGCACUGGAGAAAGAACCCGUGCCAAUGUCCUUGCCUCCAGCCUUGGUGCCACCUUCUAAGAGGAAAACGUGGGUUGUGUCACCUGCAGAAAAAGCUAAAUAUGAUGACAUCUUUCUGAAAACUGAUAAAGAUAAUGAUGGAUUUGUAUCUGGAUUGGAAGUUCGUGAAAUCUUUCUGAAGACAGGUUUACCUUCUACUUUACUAGCCCAUAUUUGGGCAUUGUGUGACACAAAGGACUGUGGGAAGCUUUCAAAGGAUCAGUUUGCCUUAGCUUUUCAUCUAAUCAAUCAGAAGUUAAUAAAGGGUAUUGAUCCUCCUCACACUCUUACUCCUGAGAUGAUUCCACCAUCAGACAGGGCCAGUUUACAAAAGAACAUCAUAGGAUCAAGUCCUGUUGCAGAUUUCUCUGCCAUUAAGGAGCUAGAUACCCUUAACAAUGAGCUAGUUGACCUGCAGAGGGAAAAGAAUAAUGUGGAGCAGGACCUUAAGGAGAAAGAAGAUAUUCUUAAACAGAGAACAAGCGAGGUUCAGGAUCUUCAAGAUGAAGUUCAAAGGGAGAAUACUAAUUUGCAGAAACUGCAGGCCCAGAAACAGCAAGUCCAGGAGCUCCUUGAUGGCCUGGAUGAGCAGAAAGCCCAGCUGGAGGAGCAGCUGAAGGAAGUCAGAAAGAAAUGCGCUGAGGAGGCCCAGCUGAUCUCAUCCCUCAAAGCUGAAUUAACUAGUCAGGAAUCUCAGAUCUCCACUUACGAAGAAGAGCUGGCCAAAGCCAGAGAAGAGCUCAGUCGCCUACAGCAAGAAACAGCAGAGCUAGAGGAGAGUGUGGAGUCAGGGAAGGCCCAGCUGGGACCUCUUCAGCAGCACCUGCAAGAUUCACAGCAGGAAGUCAGUUCAAUGCAAAUGAAACUGAUGGAAAUGAAAGAGCUAGAAAACCAUAAUAAUCAACUAAACUGGUGCAGUAGCCCACACAGCAUUCUUGUAAAUGGCGCUACAGAUUAUUGCAGCCUCAGCACCAGCAGCAGUGAAACAGCCAACCUGAAUGAGCACGCGGACGGCCAGAGCACCCUGGAGUCUGAGCCUAUACACCAGGAGUCUCCAACAGGAAGUAGUCCUGAAACACUGCCUUCCGGUGUGACUGAUGAAAGCGAAGUGGUGACUGCAGCUGUUAAUGAAAAAGCCUGUCCUGAAUUCAACAGAGACAGUCAUUCAAAGGAGGAAGAUCCAUUUACUGUAGAAUCAAGUUCACUGACAGAUCCAGUUGCAGAGACAAACUUGGAUUUUUUCCAGUCUGAUCCUUUUGUUGGCAGUGAUCCUUUCAAGGAUGAUCCUUUUGGGAAAAUUGAUCCAUUUGGAGGUGAUCCUUUCAAAGGCUCAGAUCCGUUUGCAUCUGACUGUUUCUUCAAGCAGCCUUCUGCUGAUCCUUUUGCCACCUCCAGCACCGACCCUUUCAGUGCAGCCAGCAAUAGCAGUAACACAUCGGUAGAAACACUGAAAUACAAUGAUCCUUUUGCUCCUGGUGGCACAGUUGUUGUUGCAGCUAGUGACUCAGCCACAGACCCCUUUGCUUCUGUUUUUGGAAAUGAAUCAUUUGAAGACGGAUUUGCUGACUUCAGCACAUUGUCAAAGGUCAACAAUGAAGAUCCUUUUAGUUCAGCCACAUUGAGCUCUGCCAGCAGUGUGGUUGCUACAAAAAAUACGCUGGAGGAAGCACCAGUCAGAAGUGAAGAUGUACCCCCCGCACUGCCCCCAAAGGUCGGAACUCCAACGAGACCCUGCCCACCGCCGCCUGGAAAAAGACCCAUCAACAAAUUGGAUUCUUCCGAUCCCUUUAAACUGAAUGAUCCAUUUCAGCCUUUCCCAGUCAAUGAUAGCCCCAAAGAAAAAGAUCCAGAUAUGUUUUGCGACCCAUUUACUUCUACUACUACUACCACUACCAAUAAAGAGGCUGACCCAAGCAAUUUUGCUAACUUCAGUGCUUAUCCCUCUGAAGAAGAUAUGAUCGAAUGGGCCAAGAGGGAGAGUGAGAGAGAGGAAGAGCAGAGGCUUGCCCGCCUGACCCAGCAAGAGCAGGAAGACUUAGAACUGGCCAUUGCACUCAGCAAGUCUGAGAUUUCAGAAGCAUGAAGAACUCUCCUCUGUCAACCAUAUAACACUCUUCUUCCUGAAUGCUGAAGCUAUUUACAGUGUAUAUCAAAACUACCAUAAGCAUGGGGAUAUAAAAGGUUUGAGAUUCCUGUAAAUGUGACAAAAGUUUUUUUUUUUAAUUCAUUUCAGAUUUGUCUCCCCUCCUCCCCGUAAAAGCAGUAACCGAGUCAGACAACUUGACCUGGGUCCCCGUUCUGGUGUGCGUUUACUGUGAGCUUUUGCCUGCCUCUGCUACUUCUGCGUGUUAAACUAGAGCACCCAAGCUUCUGCCUUCUGGAAUAUAGAGAAAUAACUUUUCACCCCUGUGCUACCCUUGUUCUGUAGUUACUCUGAUGAUAGCCAGUGGGGUUUUUUCUUAAAACUUGCAGUAUUUUCCCCUGAUUUAAGUGGAUGAGGGAGGAGAAGGGAUAGGACAUCCUGUUUCUUUUACGAUAGUACAGAUUGACUAAAGUGCAUGUUUGUAUUUCCAUAGAAUCAAAAAACUUUUUUUAUAGACAAGGAAAAAUAUUUUACAUAAAUUGACUCCAUUACUGAAAAAAGGGAUGCUUUAGAUUGAACCAUUACAGCUUCAGACUGAAUUUAAAGAAUUUUAGAUAAACAGAUACCUCUCCAUAAUUUGAAGUGCUAGACAAUGGAGGAAAUCUGUCACCUAAAAUACACCCAUCCGUAUGAGGUGAGCAAGCAUCAGGGUGUGGCAGCUGUUCUGCCAUUGCUGCGGCACUGUCCUUGUUAGUUCACGGUAGGUUUAUUUUUGUAUUUUUGCAGAAGAAACUUUAGCAAGCUAGAACUGGAAGGUACUUUAAUUUUUGUAUAUAUAUUUUUUGUUUCUUUAAUGAAGGCUCAGUACUUGAAAUGUAAAAACUUUCACUGAAUACAAAUGAAAAAGUAACAUGUAUUAAAUCACAUUGCUUUUUGUCCAUUUUUGUGGUUUAAAAUGUUUAUUCAUGUUUUUUGCCUAUGAAAUUGGCAGGCUGGCAAAAAAAUCUUUUUUUUAAUUGGGAGAGAAGAGACCUGCCAAAUUAUUAGAACUCUUCAUGUGUUAAAAGCCUAUCUUCUGUAAAACUGACCUAGCAGACAAGCUGAAUUUGAAUAGGCUGUUAAGUUAUAAUCUUAUUUUUUUUAACAUCGGUUACUGACUUAGGUAAUGUACUGAAUACCUAUUUACCAAGAUAAAGAAAAAUGCACUUAAAACUAAUUAAAAGUCUCUCUGGUCAUCAAGUCAAAGUGGUAUUGAUCUGUGUUUAUCAGUAACUUACUGCAUAGCCUAUGAAUAAUUCCAAAACAUCCAGUUCAUUUCAUCUUGAAAUGGUGCUUUGUUUUUCUCCACAAACAAUUGGAUUGCUAUAGCUUAAAACAAACUUAAACCACUUUCUUACACUGCUAACUUUUUUCUACUUUUGUAAGUUGAAAUAGUUCAGCAUAAAAGUCAUACAUAUGAAGCAAGGGCUGAAUCGUAAUCACAAGGCUUAAAUUUUGAUAAACCAGUGACUGAGGAUAUAUGCAAAGGUGACUGAGAAGGUAGUGCUGGGAGUUGUGGUAGGUUGUGGUUUUGGGUUUCUUCUUCCCCUUACACUUCAGGAAAAAGGUAAGUUGACUUGAACAACCUUCUUUUGCACUGGGAAAAUGAACAGAUGUUUGAAAUGCUUUUAAAAUAUUUUUUUUAAUUAAAAACUCUGGAAAAGAUGAAAUAUCUGUAACUUAUAAACACCAACUUUCGAUGUAAUGUGUACCCUGAUCUUAUGUAUGUUUAACUGGAUUACAUAGAUUCUUAUCUUUUGUUAAAAUAUGUAUACUCGGUGGACCAAUAUAAUAUUAAAGUAUGUAUAUAUUAUAUAAAUAUAAGUAUGUAUAUCUCUAUCUUUAUGCUCACUUGUGUAGGAUGAAUAUCUUAGAGUUGUUUGUGAUGACAUUUCACAUUGUUGACUCUGGCUCCAGAGCCUGUGCUUGAAAAGGACAGAUAAGUAUUCCUGAGAGCUAAGUGGCAGUAUUUACAAAGUGUUAACCAUCUUCUACAUCUUUAGUCAGGUUUCUCUCUUUAUAGAAAAUUCUAUAUGUUUCAAACUACUAAAUUGUAGCCUGUAACUAUGAGAACAAUAAAGGUAAAGUAACAAUAAAACACACUAUCCAUACAU